AUGUCCAGGAUAAGUAGACUACAUUAUGUGAGGAGACCUAAAUCCCACGGCGGCAUAAGUGAAUCCGAACGGUUCCGACUGCAAUUAGCGGCUGAAAAACCGGUUUCGAUUACAAGUCGUACAAAGACAACUGAACGUCCUCUGUUUUCAUCCUAUUUGAGCUGUGCGCCAUUUGUCACUCCCACUUCAUCAGUAGGCGAUCUUAGGAUCAUUCAGAUGUCUACUGUCACGGAUGAUGAAAUUAUAAAGCGAAAACUACUAAUAGAAGGAGAAAGCGGUAAUGAUGAUCGUAGAAUUACUCUGCUACUGAAGAAUUACUUACGAUGGGUAGCUUCUGAUGAUGUUGGUGAAGAUGGUUAUGAGGCCUACCAAGCUCUCAUAGCUAGUGUUUGCCAGUGUGAAAAUGCCAUGGAACAGUCGUCUUUGGUAAUAGCCAUGAACUAUGAGCAGCAGAAGCAGUAUGAAGAUCUGUAUAAAGAGAUUGAGAAUGCUAUUGAAAGUGCAAAAAAUCGCAUUCAGCAGUGCAAAGAAGACCUGAGGUCUGCGAAGACUGUUAGGAAAAACAGACGAGAGUAUGACAGCCUUGCCAAAGUUUUGUCUGAACAUCCAGAAAGGCAUAAAACACUUGAAAAAUAUACUAAAUUAAAGGCUACUUUGGAACGACUAGAAAAGUUAAAUGAAGAAUACGACCAAAAGAUUAAACUUAGAAAAACACAAUUCCAUCUAUUCCUUGUUGCCCUUAAAGGAUUACAGAAAAUUGUAGAAGAUGAUGAACCACUGUCUUCAAAUAUAGAUGAUUUAAUGAAUGUUGAAACUUCAAAAUCUGUACAUGAAAAUGAUUCUAAUAAAAUGGAUACUACAUAG